GUCAAAGUCAGCUGUUGCUUGUGUGUUCUGUUGAACGUGGGACGUCGUGCGCGUUCUCAAAUAUUUCUCUCAGUGUUUCAUUUCUUUGGCUCGGCCAUGGGAAAGCAGGACAAAGUAUUAGUCUUGUGGACUAAGGACUGCAAGUUCUCAGUAGAGCCCUUGAGCAAUGUGCCGGCAGCAUCGCGAUUCGUAGGUGCUGUAACACCGGUUCGGUUUAGUGGAGACAAGAAGUUCUACGCAGCCCAAGUUAAGAUGAUUAGUGGUGACGCGGCGGAAUUGGACAAGAAGUCCGAAGAAUUAGCUAUUGAAUUGGCUAUGCAGAAGGCGAAGGCCGGCAACAAGCGGCAACGCAGGCAGAGGCAGCAAGAUGACUCUGUUGCUUCAGAGAAGAGAGUAGCCCAAGCACUGGGGCAGAGGGCCCCAGUUCCCCAUGCUGCUCUGCCUAUCAAGCAGGCCGCUCAGAAGGCCAAGAAAGAUGCAAUGAUUAAUCGCUUCACUGGUCAAACUGCGAUGGACCAUCAGGUGUUGAGCUCAGUGAGAAGAUCACUUAAUUUCCCCUCUUCAACCUGUGCGUCUAGUGAUUAAGGCAGUGUUAGGGAUUCUGACAGCUGUAUUUCUGAUGAUGAUGGUAACGAGUCUGACUGCAGUGUCUCAAAUACUGACUCUGGUGACAUUUCCGAUAAGGAUCUUGGUGAUGCUGCUGGGUCGUCAUGGUGUUCCUGUCAGGUCUGCCAGACACUAAGCAAAUACAGUGAUCCCAAGUGCAUGUCGUUCCUUAGACAACUACAAGAUCUUCUGGAGGGCCACGGGAAAGAGAGGGAGGUCCACUAUCUGGAAUUACUUCCAAUCCCGGAGAAUGUCAAGAAGACUGAAUUGAGUUCAACAGCGAAGGUUCCUAUCUAUAUUGCAUCCAGUGAUAAGGACAUGUUAAAAGUUGAUUUCAAGAACAAGCCUGCUUCACUAAUCCGUGAAACACUCUUCAGUCUUUAUGGCACAGAAGUCUUCCGAACUCGGUUGGUAACUGGGAGAGGCAACAACCCUGGCACCUAUGGGAUCCGUUAUGAUGUUUUGAAGUCAAUAUAUGCUUUUGUUAACAACCAUGUUGACACUUCCAAGCGUUUGAAGAUGCAUCAAGUAGUCCAAACAAUCAACAAACGAGCAGAAGAUUGGCGGAAGAAGCUAUCCACUAAACCAUUGAAGAAGAGCAGAUCCAAGAAACUGAAGUUAUCUGAGGCUGACUCUCCUCCGUCUCUACAUGAGAAGGUGAUAGAUGUCAUCAGUGCACCUCCACAUCAGGAUGCCUCUAGUCCUCGCCAGGAUGCAAGGACGCCUCCGCAGGCACCAAUCCAUGAAGAGGCUCCAGGAACUCCUCAGCAGAGUGCACCCCACCAGGCACCUCCGUCACGCCCACUCCAUGGGGCUCCUGGAACUCCUCAGCAGAGUGCACCCCACCAGGCAACUCCAUCGGGCCCCCUCCAUGGGGCUCCUGGAACUCCUCAGCAGAGUGCACCCCACCAGGCACCUCCGUCAGGCCCACUCCAUGGGGCUCCUGGAACUCCUCAGCAGAGUGCACCCCACCAUGCUCCUCCAUCAGGCCCACUCCAUGGGGCUCCUGGAACUCCUCAGCAGAGUGCAACCCACCAUGCACCUCCAUCAGGCCCACUCCAUGGGGCUCCUGGAACUCCUUACGGUGCACCCUUCUCUCAAGCACCUUGUUUUCAACCAGAGCCUUCGGCAUGGCAGUCAAAUCCUUACCAGUAUUUUUAUCCACCCAACUACCAGUGGCCAGCAGCCCCUUCUGCUUCCUAUGUACCCACCUAGAUUUGAUUUUGGAUUUUUUAAUAUGCUAUUGUUUAUUUUCUGAACUCUGCUAUGAAGUUAUAGCUAUGUAUGUGUCCGUUCAUCAGUCUAUCCUAACUAGUCCUUAUUUUUUCUUUGGAUCUUCGGGCUUUCUUUAAAAAGUCUAUUGCUUAUUUUCUGAUAUAAUAAAUAUGAUCAUGAAUUAGUCCGUCCAAUAGUAAAUGAAUUUCAUGAUGAAUAAAUAUUUGUCAAUUA